CACGAACGCUUGGCCCUGCUGCCAAAGACACAGGUCUUUGAAAAGUGAUGAUGACCAAAUUGCGCUGAUUCAAGGUGUUAUUUCUGCCAGCCUACAUAAUACUUGUUAUAGGUAUCUGGCAAGUUUUGGUGGUUUCCUGUGGGUUCUGCCCAGUUCUCUCUUUACAUGAACUAAUCAGAGAAGUACAUUAAAUAUCUCUGUGCUGUCAACAUCUGCCCCCUAUGGUAUCCAGGUCAUGGCUCAUCCUAAGGCAGAUUCAGAGCACUUUUUUGCUGAAGCGUUGGCUGCUGAUAAUGACAUAUGGGUGGAGUUUGAUGGCGAAUCAAAUGAGGAGACAUUAGAGGAAUGGAUUGAAGCUUACAAGCCUUCUCAAACCUACAGGAGUGAAGGAAUUGGAUGGAUCUGUGUCCGCUUAGACCAGAAGGUUACCAGCAAUUUGUCGCCAGAUGUGAUUGGUUUGCAGGAAUCUUGGGAACAACUGCAGCGGUCUGGCCGUCCCAUAAAUUACCAGACGAUUACGCAACUAGCUAAAGCCCACGAUGUCACCAGCGGAAAAUGGUUCAUGCAUGUAGACAGCGGUGGUAAGGUAGACCACCUGUGGAGGCUUGUGGCAUAUGGAGUUAUGGAAGGAAAGCUUGGACAGUGCGCUAAAGUCAGCCCCUUUGAUGACAUAGGUGGGCAUGUUAAGCAUGUUAUUUGUAUUUAUAAUGAGACAUUCACAGACGCUGAAGAGGUGUUUCAGUUGGAGAAUGCUAUACGCCAUGCAUGUGGGAUCAAAUGUCAGAUGAAGUAUAAACCAGAUGUGUACACAUAUUUAGGGGUGUACAGAAAAAAUAAGUGGGGAUUGCGACCAUCUGUGUAUGAGAGUGUGUAUGAUAUCUCUACAGGGACAUCUCAUGUGACAACAAAUUCAGGGGAAGAACCCAUGGAAUGUUAAACUUAAACAGUCAUGCAGGAACCCAUGGACUGUCAAAAAAAGACAUCGAGGAGCCCAAGGACUGUUAGGAAGACAAGGAAGAUCUCAUGGACUGUUCGCCAAACAUCAAAGAUCUCAUGGACUGUUGGGCAGACAUGGAAGAUCUCAUGGACUGCUAGGCAGAUAUGAAGGAGCCCAUCAGUGUAUUAGCCAGCGAACUGUGCAGCCCUGGAAAAAAAAUUAAAUUUUUCUUGGUAUUCAUAUAGAUAUUUAACAAAUGUUUUAUCUGUAAGUUAAAUGUAACUCAGUUUGAAAAAAGUUAUAUAUGCAUUCAGCUGCUAUCCAUUAUCAACCUAUACAUUUUGUACUGAAGUGAUGACGUGCACUUUCUGGUAUGUCAUUUGCACUCGCUGUCUGCCAAAUCCUGGCUAACACAUUGGAGCCUAUGGACUGUUAGGCAGUUAUUGUAAAUAUUUAAUUAUGAAGAUGUUUCUGACGUGUUUAAUUGAUAAACACGGAAGUACUUGUCAUAGAUGGCUUUUCUGCUUUUAUUGUACUAUUUAAAAUAGUAUACAUGUAAAUUUCAUGUUGAUUUUGCAUUUGACUGAUGAAAUCAUAAUGUAAUUUUGUCUGUUUAGCGAUGUCUCAAGUGUUAUUGAUAAAAUGUUUGUCUAAUUAAAGAUAUUGAU